CAGACACAAGGAACGAUUUUUCCUGCUCCGAAUUUUAACCCUAUUAUGGAUGCACAGUUGCUAAGAGGAGCCCUACAGGGAAUUAGUUGUGAAAAAGAUGUGUUGAUUGAUAUCCUAACGCAGCGUUGCAAUUCACAGCGGCUUAUGAUUGCCGAGGCGUACAGAGACAUGUAUGGCAGGGAUCUGGUAACGGACCUAAAAGAGAAUCUCUCUCAUCACUUCAAAGAAGUCAUGGUUGGCUUGAUGUAUCCACCUGCCUCCUAUGAUGCCCACGAGCUCUGGCAUGCCUUGAAGGGAGUAGACACAGAAGAAAAAUGUCUAAUUGACAUAUUAGCCUCGAGAUCAAAUAUGGAGAUCUUCCAGAUGAAAGAAGCCUACUUAAUGCAAUAUAAUAAUGAUCUUCAACAAGAUAUCGAUUCUGAGACUUCAGGUCACUUCAGAGAUACGCUCAUGAACCUUGCUCAGGGAACAAGGAUGGAAGGAUAUGCAGAUCCUUCUACAGCUGCUCAGGAUGCAAUGAUUCUGUGGGAAGCAUGUCAGCAGAAAACAGGCGAACACAAAAACAUGCUGCAAAUGAUUCUCUGCAACAAGAGUUACCAGCAGUUGUGGAUGGUUUUCCAGGAGUUCCAAAAUAUCUCUGGGCAAGACAUAGUAGAUGCCAUUAAUGAAUGUUAUGAUGGAUACUUUCAAGAAUUACUGGUUGCAAUAGUUCUCUGUGUUCGUGACAAGCCUUCCUACUUUGCUUACAGGCUUUAUAAUGCAAUUCAUGACCUUGGGUUUCACAAUAAAACAGUUAUAAGGAUUCUCAUUGCCAGGAGUGAGAUUGACUUGAUGAAUAUACGACAGCGAUACAAAGAAAGAUAUGGGAAAUCACUCUUUCACGACAUUAAACAUUUUGCUUCAGGGCAUUAUGAGAGUGCUUUACUUGCUAUCUGUGCUGGCGAUGCUGAAGAUUAUUAA